CGCCUCAUACCUGGGCACCUUAUCUUAGUUUUGCCACCAUGGCUUUGCUGUUGGGUAAACUGUGUUGUUUGGUUCACUGGGACCAUGUUGCUAAAAAAUACAGGUGUUUGCAGACAACUGCACAAAGCAACUACAAUCUAGUAAUAAAGUACGGAUAAUAAAACGCAGAGAUAAUUCGUAAUUCUUAUUAAACAACCAAAACGCCUACAUUUGUUUAUUCACUCCUUGUGUGAUUUUUCGCAACCAUGUGAAACUUUAACCCAGGUCUGGUUGCUGCACUACUAGCUACACUUGUGUUUGAACGAGGCACCACCUCCUUUUGUUUUGCAGCUGCUAGCUGCUGGAUGGAUUUCCUGUUGACGGCGGAAUGUUUAGGAAAGUGCUGAAAGGAACUGAAGGUGUUCACUCAGUGAGGCUCGAUUAAUGACCGAGGUCCUCGGAUAGCCUGGGUUGAGCAGGAUUUGGCUUUAUUUCUAACUGAUGGCUGAAGCCUGGAUGGAAGAAGACGAGGAGGAGCUGCGAGAUCUCCGGGAAUCCGGGAAUAGACGGAACAGGAGAGGACACAUGAACCCAGCCACAGAUCGCUCUGAAAGAAAUAAACCGGAUCAGCGUCUCCCAAGUCAAGGACCUCUCUCUUCCAUACGGGCUGCCAUCAAAAGAUCAACUUCAACCAGAGUUAAUUCGCCAAGCGAGCAGCAGAGAGAUAGAAGGCGGCCGGAGAUCAGAAUCUUGGCUGUGGAGCCUCUCGGGCCGGGGACUUGGUUUCCAGGGGGUCCUGGAGGCUGUGCUGGUUCAGCUGCUCUCGGCUUUCCGCCCCCUGCCCAUUCUCAGGGCCUCUGGGGGGGCAGCAUUCCCGCAUCAGCUCAGCCACCACCAUCAUAUGACCAGGUAAUCAGAGAGAUUACACAUGAGCAGGUUCCCACAACAGCCACCAAUGCCCCCCCUCGACCGUCAGCUGUGACUAUCUCAACGCAGACUGACUUUGAUGAGGCUGCCGAGAGCUCAGCCUCGGGAAUUGAUGUAAUUAGCCAGGCAGCUCAGAGCGAGUCUGUUCCUGCUGCUGUGAGAAGACCGCUCAAACCCCCAAGGCCAUCUGUGCUGCCAUCGACUAUUAAACCAGAAUCUCCCCUCAUAUUGAGAGAAUCUCCCCUCAUUCCCAGUGAGCCUCUGCUUGAUCCCAAUGAGCAUCUGCUUGUCCCUGAAUCUUCUAUUGUCCCUAGCGAGUGUCCGGCUGUCCACACAAACACUGUCUCUCAGCCUCUGUCUGUCCCCACUGAAUCCUCAGCUGUCCCCACUGAGUCCGCAGCUGUUCCUACCGAGUCUGCUGUUGUCCCCGUUGAGCCUGUCUUAGUGCUUGAACCAGCAGCCAAGGAGAGUGUGAUAAUAAGACGGCCAGUGCCAAGGCCUCGGUCGAUGAUCAACUUGAAACCUCAAGCCAAAGAAGCACAGGUUGAGGUAUUGGUGGAACUUAAAGAAGAUGAUGAUGAAAAUAGUAAGGUUUUGCCUAACAGCAUAGAACAAUCAACUGCUACUUAUCUGCAGGAGCUUUUAGAGGCUUUUUAUCCAGAAGACCAAAGUUAUACAGACAGUAUGAAUACCUCCGGCAGCCAAAGAAAUAUCCGUGCUAGAAUACAGGCCUUCGAGUCCCAAAGCAGCACAGACAUCAGCGAUGGGGAGCUUUCGAAGAAACCAGAAAUCCCGCUCCGCACGCUAGCUCAAAAGCCCCCUGUGACAGCCUGUAAACCAUCUUUAGCCCCCAAACCUGCUAAUAGAGGAUCAGGGGAAUGGGACACUUUGACAGAAUCAAAACCUGAUCUUGCAGUCAAGAAUGGCCCUGUUUUUGUACUACCAAAGCUGCAAGGAACACAGGUGCCUUUUGGUGGUAAACCAGAACCUCCCAAGAAACCCAUAUCCAAUUUUAUGAGUGAAAUGAAUAGGAAUGACUUGGAGGAUGAGUCAGAUUCUAGCAUUGUAAAUAAACUGCAGAACGAAAAAAAGAAGACUCCAGUCCCAGUCCCAAGACCAAAGUUAACCAAAAUGAAUUCCCUCCUUGAAAAUACGGACUUGACUGAACAGGCAGUGGUACCAGCUCCGCGACCCUCUCUUUCUGAAAGGGCUAAAGCCUUUGGGGCCCCAGAUGAAGCACCGGAAGUCAGUCACCCCACUCCUCCACUGCAGAAAGCGAAUUCAGGCCUUGACUUCAACAGCUUCAAUAACCAAACCACACCGGCAGUGGUGCCAGUUCCUAGGCCCUCUAUUUCUGAAAGGGCUAAAGCCUUUGGGGCCCUAGAUGAAGCACCGGAAGUCAGUCGCCCCACUCCUCCACUGCAGCUGGCGAAUUCAGGUCUUGACAUCAACAGCUUCAAUAACCAAACCACACCAGCAUUACUUAGCUGGAACAGUGCAGAAAACAAGAGCUCAGAAGACAUUGAUUUGUAUUUCUCGAAACCGGAAACAGCAAAUAAUGUGCCGAACCGCCAGAGCAUGCAACGUAAACCUACAAUGAUUAGAAUCGACAAACCACCAAACAGAUCCCCCAAUGAUACGGAUUGCCAGGCCCCUCCCCCACUUCCUGCUUAUGGUCCUGUGGGUGGCUUUACCGGGUCCAAACCCAAGAAACCCCCCAUCGCCUCAAGAGCGGCAGGACUGGAAUCUGGGAUUUCAGGUGGGGGAGGAAGCUCAUUGGCCCGACCAGUUAUGCCAAGCAGACCCAAGGAAGCAAAGGUCCUUCCAAUCCGGCCCCCUCCAGCUAAGGGGGGUCCCAAAAGGCCUCCACCUCCCAAGGUUUCAGCUCAGCUCCCAUCUCUGUGCCAUUCCUCCUCUGUGGCUGGACUCCACUCUGCAGGGUCCAAGCGUCCACAGAGCAUGGUGUUACCAAAAAAGGGACCUGUGCUGCCUUCCAGACCUGGCCCGGGCCACCCCCUCUAUAACAACUAUACACUUGCAGUGCCACACGGAAUUGCAGAAUGUGACUAUAUGUCUAGGACCCCAGGAGAGCUGUCUUUCCAGAAGAAUGAGGUUCUUGUGCUGCUUCAGCAGAUCGACAGCAAUAGUUACGAGUGCCAAGGAGGAGACGAGAAGGGGAAAGUACUCAAGUCUCGCAUGAAGAUAAUCACUCCGCUGAAUAUGGACACAGGCUACAUUGGACCACUUAAGAAGUCCUUUAGUUUUGGCAGACUUGAUGGAGAUGGCAGAGGUCUUCGAGGCAGAGUACUACAUGACUUUGCCGCAGAACACCCAGAUGAGCUGAUGCUGAGGGCUGGGGACACUGUGACCCAGCUGGAGAAAGUGGAUGCAGCUUGGUACCAUGGGACGUGUCGGGGCCGCAGUGGGAUAUUCCCUGUGGACUUCGUUGAAGUGGAUGUUCCGGCAGCAACCAAUGGAAAGAAAGCCAGUCCCCCUCCUGCCUCCAUCAGUGGUCCAAGAUGUGUAGCCCGGUUUGAUUUUGAAGGGGAGCAUGCAGAUGAGAUGACCUUCUUCGAAGGUGAUGUGAUUAAACUGAAGGAGUUAGUGGGCCAGGAGUGGGCGCGGGGAGAAAUGAACGGUCAGACUGGAAUUUUCCCCCUGAACUUUGUUGAAAUUGUGGAGGGUCUACCCCCUCUCACUCAACAGCAGCUGUGCCACAAUAAACCCUCUAUUUCAGAUAUAAAUCAAAACAGUUUGGGAGAAAUAAAACGAACAUCACACUUUGUGACAUCAUUCAAGGCCAGACCAGAGGUUGCUAGACCCAACCAGUGGUGUGAAGCGUCUUACGACUUUGCGGGCCAGACGAAUGAAGACCUGUCUUUCUUCAAGGGGGAUCGGAUACUGAUCACUGAGAAAGUCGACUCGGACUGGUACAGAGGGAGGCUAAACGGCAAAGAGGGGAUCUUCCCAGCUAUCUUUGUCGAAGGGCCCGCAGAGACGGUCGUCGGAGUGAAUCCUCAGCUUGGAGGGAGUAAAAAGGGGAAGGCUAAAGCAUUGUUUGACUUUGUUUCUGAGAGUGAAGAGGAGCUGUCCUUCAGGACAGAUGAUGUAAUUACAGCGCUUGAGUCAAUAGAUGCUGAAUGGUUCAGCGGAGAGCUGCAUGGUAAAUGUGGCCUGUUCCCCAAGAACUACGUCCAAGUGCUGCAAGAACCGUGAAGAUGUACUCAAACAUUCGGUUGAGCCUGGAACUUGAACUAUUUGAAUACAGAAAGUUUCAUUUUUGUUGACCUACCUUUAAGACAGUUAUGGAUGGAGUAAUAUUUACUUUGCAACUGUGUGCCUUACUGGGGAAUCCAGCCUUUCUUUUACAAUUAUAAUGUGUCUUAUUUCAAUUGACUCUAAAUAAAACUGAAUUUUGUCAACGUGGGUCUUGUUGACAGCCAGCUUCGUAACUGAUGACAAAUCUGAAGAUGCCAUUUUGUGCAAUGUGCUUAAUGUUAAUAUUUGCUUACUCUUCUGAAUGCAAGGCUUUUGAAUAGCAAAAUAGUGUAAUGUAAAACGCAGUAACAUUUAAAUAAAACAGGUAACCAAGAGCAAAAGGCAAA